UGAGUGGGAAUGCAUCGUUACUGGUCAUACCAACCAACGCGCUCAAAACCUAUAAAGUUACCCUAUUGGAUGUGAAAAUAUCAUUCAGCUUUUGAGGAUUCAAAGCCCGAGGCCAAACAGAAACUUUUAAAAUCAACAUCGUUUAUAUUGUUCGAUCGACUUCAAAGAUAUUGAUCAGAGACCAUGACGGCCAUUACCAUGCCAUUAACCAGUCAGGACGAAAAGGAUGUCUCUCAAACACAGAAGACGAAAGGCUGCUCACUGUGGGUGAUAGCUGUGUUGAUUUCGAUGCUCACUCUGCUGGUUUUUGCUGGGUUCGUCUUGUUUGCGACUGUUUCAUGUAUAGCGCCAUCAUGCGACUUGCCGGUUCAUGAUUUGGAUUUUAAGGCACAUGGAAGGCUGGGCGAUAACGACUUCGAUGAUGACUUUCAUUACGACCAUGAACACAACGUUCUAGUCAAGAAGACCACCGGCCAAGGUUCAAUGGAUAACACUACAAUAACUGUCUUGCAUGAUUUUAAAAGAGGUUUUACAACAUAUGUGAUUCCAUCCCAGAAGAAGUGCUUUUUAGGGGUGCUAGAAUCAGACAGCUACGACAUGCUCUUACAUGCGAAUAACGGCGGUUUCAUGGAGCUCUCCAACCCAAUGGGUCAUCAAUACCUCUCACAUGGUAUCAUAUCCCCGUCUUACCUGGAGCGGACUGCGAGCUCUCUCGUCGUCAACCGCUGCUCAGGUCUGGAGACGAGCUGGAUAGAACCAUCCAUAGAGGGCGCUUCAAUACAGAAAAGAGGAGCCAUUCGAAACGGUCCGGGAGAUACUGUGACCAUAACCCCAGAUGGCACUGUUAUUAUCAUCAUAUUAUAAGUAGGAAUUUAAAUGUUCACGUCGAAAAUGUGCAGAUACGACAUUGAGAUACGAGUAACAAGUUCGCACUGCAGGCAGAUGUAGGAUACUUGUUGCAGGAAAACAGAAUCCAGAAACGGUCUGGAAGAUAGCCGAAAGGAACAAAAACAUGAAUGGAAAUGGAUUUUUGGAGAAGUUGGCUCAGAGUAAAUCACUUCAUUUUGCAGAAGAUGAGGCGAACGGGACCAGAAAAUUUAAAAAAAUUAAACAAUUAAAUGAAUAUCGUUGGAAUACAUUUUGCUGUAUUACAGAUAAGUCAUGAGUUGUAUGCACAUAAAUAGACCCGACAACGAGCGGUCGUGCCGACUUUGGUUAAACUUCCUUUGUACCCCUUUGCAAUAAUUGAUAUUGAUUUAAUUACACAAACAGUUUUACCGAAUGCGUUUCGCAUGUAUCAUUUAUUGUUUUGUCAAAAUGAUACAAAUGAGAGAAAUCGACAUUUCCCAUGAAUGUGUGUUUAUGGUUUCGCAAAAAUAUUUAUUUUCGUAAACUUUGAGCUGAAAUAAAAGUGUACAUGUGUGCAGUAAUUGUUACCAAA